AUGGUGGAGGAGCAGCAGCAGCAGCAGCAGCUGCAGCAGCAAGAUGCUCCACAAGGUGCCGCACGUCCGGCUGACCAACCUAGGAGGGAUGUGCGCCCUCCUAACCGGCUGACCUAUCCGAGCUUUGGCAAGCCAAAGGUGGUACGGGCUGGGAGUGUGGCUGAGCAGUGUGAUGAGGAAGAGAUAGCACACUGCUACUGGGCAGCCGUCCCUGAGCCCAAGACGCUAGCUGAGGCCUUGAGUGGGCCCGAUGCUGAGAAGUGGAAGCAGAGUGUGAAGGAGGAGUAUGACUCUCUGCUGGAGAAUGAAACGUGGGAGCUGUGUGAGCUGCCUCCUGGGAAGAAGGCCAUUUCUUCCAAGCUGAUCUUCAGGCACAAGUACGGACCUGAUGGGGAGCUGACCCGCUACAAGUCAAGGCUUGUGGCAAAGGGGUUUCAGCAGACAAAGGGGAAGGACUUUGACGAGAUCUUUGCUCCUGUGGGGAAAGGGACUACACUAAGGGUGAUGUUGGGAAUGGCUGCAAACCGUGGAUGGAGGAUCAAGCAGAUGGAUAUCACAACUUCUUUCCUCAAUGGGAUCAUCCUAGAGGAGCUGUACAUGCUGCAGCCUGAGGGGUUGGAUGAUGGGAGCGGCAGGGUGUGCAGGCUCAAGAAGGCCAUCUAUGGCCUUAAGCAGGCUCCUCGCGCAUGGUACCACAAGUUGGAGGAGACACUGCUUGCUGGGGGUUUCAAGAAGAGUGAGUGUGAUCACAGCUUGUUCCUGCUGCAUGAGAAGGAGCAGUUUCUCAUGCUCCUGGUGUAUGUGGACGACAUCCUGCUCUUCUCUAAGUCGUCUGCAAUGAUUGAGCAUGUGGAGGAGAUGCUGGAGAUGCAGUUUAAGUGCUCCAAGAUGGGAGAUGUGAAGUACUAUUUGGGCAUGCAUGUGGAGAGGGACCUUGACAAGGGAGUGUUAAGGUUGCACCAGAGAAAGUAUUGCGAGGGGCUGGCUGAGAAGUAUGGGCUGCAAGAUGGAGGAAAGCCAGCCACCCCACUGCCUUUGGGGUUCACUGUGGAGCCCUGUGCUGAUGAGGAGGUGGUGGGUGAGAGUGACAGGAAGCUGUUUCAUUCCAUGGUGGGGGCACUCAAUUAUGCGGCUAACCACACGCGGCCUGACAUUGCCUUUGCUACAUCCAGGCUUGCAAGUGUGGUUUCACGCCCCAGUCAUGAGCAGCUGGAAGCGGCCAAGAGGUUGGUCCGCUAUGUGAGCGCUACGGCAUCAGUGGGCUUGGAGUACAGUGCUGUGCGACAGAGGCUGCAGAGGGGUGCAGCUGAUUUGGGCAAGGGGGAGAUGCUCCUGACCUGCUACACCGACGCUAGCUUCAACUCUGUGAAGGCGGAUGGCACCAGCAUUGGAGGCUAUGUGUGCCUGUUUGGAGGUGGUGCAGUGAGCUGGCGCAGCAAGAAGCAGAACGAGGUGGGGCAGUCCUCGUGUGAGACAGAGUACAUGGCUCUGCAUCAUGGGGCAAAGGAGGUGGUGUGGCUGAGGCGUUUGUUGGAGGAGAUUGGAGUGUGCCAGAAGGAGCCAACUGUGAUUUUCUGUGACAACGAGUCGGCUGUGAAGCUUGCUAAGAACGCUUGCCUUCAUGGGCUGACGAAGCACAUCAGGCCUAAGUGGCAUUGGGUGAGGAGGCUCCUGGACAAGGAGGUGCGGCUGGAGAUUGUGAAGACCCAUCAGCAGGCGGCUGACAUUCUCACCAAGCGCCUGGCUGAAUCUGAGCAUUGGAAGGGCAUGAAGCUUGCUGUGAUGAGUGUGCAUUGA